CUUUUGAUUUGAUUAGACAUGAAAAAUCUGAGAUGAGCAAGAAGCGAGUGCUGAUAGUGGGAGGCACAGGCUACCUGGGGCAGCACCUCCUGCAAUCAUUUGCCGAUGCAGAUUCUCAACUUGAUCUGGCUUUCACGCACCACUCUGCUCCUCCUCAACCGCUACUCAAUGCCAUUCCUCAUGCUCUUUCUUUCCCCCUCGAUUUACGCACCUGCCACGGCCUCGAUGCCAUCUCCCACCCCUUCGCUCAGCCUGAUGUGGUGAUCAAUUGUGCUGCUCUAUCUGUCCCUCGCGUCUGUGAGAUGGAUCCGGAAGCUGCAAUGUCGAUAAAUGUGCCAACUGGUCUUGUGAAAUGGUUAUCGAGCUUUGGAAAGAGCUGUCUGCUCAUUCAUUUGUCUACUGACCAAGUUUAUGAAGGAACCAAAUCAUUCUAUAAGGAAGAAGAUGAGACGGUUCCUGUUAAUGUUUAUGGUAAAUCUAAAGUCGAAGCAGAGCAGUACAUAUCUGCACACUGCCAAAACUAUGCAAUUUUGAGAAGCAGUAUAAUUUAUGGACCGCAAACCGUCUCUCCUGUUCCCAAAUCACUUCCAAUCCAGUGGAUGGAUAGUGUUCUUGCUAAGGGAGAGCCAAUGGAUUUCUUUCAUGAUGAAUUCCGCUGCCCUAUCUUUGUGAAGGAUCUUGUUGCUUCCGUACAAAUACUGACAAACCAAUGGAUCACAGAGACUAAACAAGUGCAGCUGCUUCUGAAUGUUGGUGGACCUGAUAGGGUGUCACGGGUUCAAAUGGCUGAGGCUGUUGCGCAUGCCAGGGGAUAUAGUACCUCAUUGAUCAAACAAGUUUCGGCUUCAUCAGUUGAUCGCGGUGUGAAGUCGCCUUGUGAUAUUUCCAUGGAUAUCACCAAGCUGGUUCAGACGACAGGUAUUUCUCCGACAUGUUUUGCAGAAGGCGUCAGAUUGACUCUUGAAGCUGAAGCUAAAAGUUCAGUGAAGCCAUAAUUGAAGUUAGCUUGAGAAUUCACAAAAGUAUUCUACCAUGUUCGUACAAGCCAAGCCUUGAUUUUUUCUUUUUGAUGUUUUUUCUACGUUGUUUCGUGCAAAUAUAUCAACUCUAAAAUGACUACCUCUAAACAAAUCUUGUAUGCAAGGCUUGAUUUUAGAUUGUUUUCAUUGAAUAAGCAACGUAUGGAGUGGCACGAGGACAA